UGCUAAACAUUUCCUUAAACUAAUAAAUUAUCGCUAUAUAAACCAACUUUCUUCCUCUCCCUCCUAUCAACCCGUUACCUCCUACAUCCCCGCCAUUUCUCUCUCUCUUUCUAUUUCUCAACUAUCCUUAUACUUCUUCCUUUUCUUCAUCAACAUUUUCAACCUUCUGAAAAUGGGGCAAGAAAUCCAAACGUCAAUUUCACAAGAAACUAUGAAAACAUCAGAAUCGUCGGAAACUUUUCCGACAACAGAAAAAGAAGGUGUUAUUUAUCCUCAUGAAUAUCUUCCAAAGCCAGAAGCGCCGCCAGGUUUAAACGGUAACGUUUUGAUUAGUUUUCCGGCGAAUAAUUUCUCCGUCGAGUUAUCGGCGAUCGGAAAAUAUCUUAUUGAGACGAAGGAUAGUCUUUCGGCUGCGCUUUCUAGAAGAUUGUCGUUAGACGACGUGGUUAAAGGCGGCGGCGGUGGUGAUGCUGUUACUGAGUUUUACUUGUCUGGGAUUCAAGUUGUUGUGCGUGAGAAAGAACUUCAAAAUGAGGGAUUUGCCUUUGAAAAGAGUUCUGAGUUGACUCAGCUCAAAGGACGAGUUACCUUGUUUUCAAAAUCAAAUUGCAGGGAUAGUAGCGCAGCAAGGAAAAUCCUUCGGGAAAAAGGGUUAAAAUACUCGGAAAUAAACAUAGACGUGUAUCCGGUCCGGGAAAAAGAGUUGAUAGACCGAACUGGCGGUUCAACAGUUCCACAAAUAUUCUUUAACGAAAAACUAAUUGGCGGUUUAGUGGCGUUAAAUUCGUUAAGAAACAGCGGUUUAUUGGACCGGACAGCAAAAGAGCUUUUAGGAAGUAAGUGCCCAGAUGAUGCACCUGCAGCGCCGGUUUAUGGGUUUGAUGAACCGGAGGAAGAAAGACCGGAUGAGAUGGGUGAAAUUGUGAAGAUAUUACGAGUAAGAUUGCCUAUACAAGACCGUAUAAUUCGGAUGAGGAUGGUGAAUAAUUGUUUUACUGGUACUGAAUUGGUUGAUUGCAUUGUUCAUCACUCGGGCACAUCACGUACUGAGGCAAUCAAGAUAGCGAAAGAGAUUGUUCGAAAACACUUCAUCCACCAUGUGUUUAGGGGAAACUAUUUCGAGGAUGGAAAUGUCGUCUACAGGUUCCUUGAGCAUGAGCAAUUUGUUUCAAAAUGCUUCAAUUUUCGAGGAUCCAUAGACGACAAAGAGCCUGAGUCUGCGGCAAGGAUUGGUGAAAAGCUGAUGAAGAUUAUGUCAGCCAUACUCGAAUCUUAUGCAUCUGAGGAUAGGUGUCGUUUGGACUACUUGGCUAUCAGCAACAGUGAAGAAUUCCGCAGGCAUAAUUUCUUCUAUAAUUACCAUUUUCUGUUUCAUUAUAUUCAACUGCUCAACUGUAUUACUGAAAUCACACUGAUUAUGAGUUGCAGAUAUGUGAAUAUGGUUAGGAGUCUUCACCGAGUGGAUCUUUUUGCUCUGUCCCUUGAUGAAAAACUCGCAUUCUUUCUAAAUCUUUACAAUGCGAUGGUCAUACAUGCUGUGAUAAGGAGAGGAUAUCCCGAGGGGAUGAUCGAGAGGAAAUCUUUUGUUUCAGAUUUUCAAUACAUAGUUGGCGGACAUUCAUAUUCUCUUAACGCAAUCAGAAAUGGUAUACUUAGAAGCAACCAGAGGGCUCCUUACGCGUUAGUCAAACCUUUCAGCACAGGAGAUAACCGCCUUCAGAUGUCAUUACCGAUGGUCAACCUAUUGAUUCAUUUUGGACUCUGUGAUGGUAGCAAGUCAAGUCCAUCAGUUAGGUUCUUCUCGCCUCAAAAUGUGCAAGCUGAGCUUAGAUUUGCCGCUAGAGAGUACUUCAAGCGCAUUGCUAUUGAAGUGGAUUUAUCCAAAAGAACCGUCUCUCUUCCUUGCAUCAUGAAAUGGUACAGUUCAGAUUUUGGUAUUGAAAAAGAAGGUUUGAAGUGGAUGCUGAGUUAUUUGGAUGCAGGGAAAGCAGGACUUCUAUCUCAUCUUUUAGAUGAUGGAGGAGUGAUCAAUAUCGUAUAUCAGAAUUAUGACUGGUCUAUCAAUGUAUAAGUUAAUACUUUCAUUCUUUAAGUCACAAAGUGAGGUAAUAAUAGUCCUGCCCUUCGCAUAUAUGCGUUACUAUGCUGUGUCGUAAGAUAGAAUGGCGAUGCGACAACUAAAUCCGAACAGAGGCAGUACCAAAUAUAUGUGGAAGAGCAUAGAAUGAGAUUGAAAGUUCUGUAUGUAACAUCGUACAGUUUAUAAUUAGCAUUUAGCAUCUUAAUGGCAUUGGGGUGAUAAAAUUUAUCAAUCUUAUUGCCAUGGCGAGUCCAAAAGUUUCUGGAGGAAAACAUUGGUUUUUUGAGGGAAUCAUGUAAUAUUGUGGCAGAACUUUUUUAAGAUGUGGUUAUGUAUGUGAUACUUAAAAGAGUAGUGAAAGUCUUUUUCUUUUUUUAAUGAAAGAAAACUUUGUG